AUGAGACAUCUGCCCAGGUAUACGAUGCCAUCUAUGCAGAAUUCUGAGGGAAAAUUCUCUCACAUGUGAUGAAACAGAUUUGUCAGGCUUAGCUGACCACACAGUGAUUUCCCCUGAGAUUCCUCUCCCAAGAAGAUUUAAGACCCAUGAAGGGACCAGUCUGUAAAUAAUAGAGACCAGUUCUUUGCCUUUGUGAUGCAAUGGACUCAAAUUAAUCAGAAAUCCUUUUGCCUGUGCUUUAAGUAACUUAGCUGCCAAUAUGUGACAAAGUUGAUAGUUGAUUGUAGUCAAUUUAUGACCAAGUGGGAAUAAUGGUGAGCCAGUUGGGGAAAGGCAUUCUUGCCAAUUCUUCCAAACCUUAAAUGUGUUUGAAUGCAAUUUCUUUUCUCAUUAAUUGAGGGGCAUGCAUUGUUGUUGUUUUUCUUGUUGUUGUGUGUUUUUUAAAAAUUAUUAAAACAUACAGCAUGCAAAAUUUACACAAUUACAAAAAAGCAGUAAAAAAAUGUUAAAAAAAAAUACAGGAGAUGUGUGUGGGGUUUUUGGCAGCACUAUUUAUGGCAGGCAAUGUAUUCACAGGGGCUUAUGCAACCAAAUAAGGUAAAAUGAAGUACAUGGUCUGCUGUUGCUUUACACACAGGAAACAUUGCAGAAUAUUAGUGAGCUUUAGCACUUACAUCACAUGGACUGAUUGACGGCAAAUGACAUUCUUUGUUUUUUGUCAUACAUCAUUUUGUCAUACACUGAGAGAAGUGAGGUUAUAGGGAACCAGGAAGAGUGCCUUCUCAGUAAUCGUGCCCACCCUGUGGAACACCCUCCCAUCAUAUGUCAAGGAGAUAAGUAACUAUGCAACCUUUAGAAGGCAUCUGAAGGCAGCCCUGUAUAGGGAUGUUUUUAAUGAUUGAUGUUUUAUUAUGUUUCUGUAUAUGCUGGAAGCGGUCCAGAGUGGCUGGGGCAACACAGUCAGAUGGGCGAUGUACAACAACAACAACAACAACAACUACUACUUAUUUAUACCCCACCCAUCUGGCUGGGUUUCCACAGCCACUCUGGGUGGCUUCCAACAAAAUAUUAAAAUACAGUAGUCCAUCAAACAUUAAAAACUUCCCUAAACAGGGCUGCCUUCAGAUGUAUUCUAAAAGUCUGGUAGUUGUUGUUCUCUUAGACAACUGGUGGGAGGGCGCUUCACAGGGCGGGUGCCACUACCGAGAAGGCCCUCUUCCUGGUUCUCUGGAGCUUUGCUUCUUGCAGGGAGGGAACUGCCAGAAGGCCCUCAGUGCCAGACCUCAGUGUUCGGGUAGAACAAUGGGGGUGGAGACGCUCCUUCAGGUAUUAUUAUUAUUAUUAUUAUUAUUAUUAUUAUUUAUUUAUUUCCACAAUGCACGGUAGCUCUGGUGAACAUUUCAGAUUGACCAGUAAGUAAGGAAAGGGAGGAAGCAAAGACAGUUUUCAGCAAUCGUGAAUAAAUUAAUAUCCUUGGCUUAGUUCUACUCAGAGCAGUUUGUAAAGUUGAAAUGCUACAUUUUCCUGGUGACUAAAGAAUAAAAAGCCCUGCUUUCACACUCACAAUAUUCUAAAAGGCUUGAACUGUAUUAAUUGAUUCAUCAACAAAGCUAAUUGAAAGGCUACAUGCAUAAAUGGCUUUGGGAGCCUGACAUAAAGUGGCUCAUUAACUUUAGCCAUACAGAGUAGCUAAUGUUCUAAAAGGAACAUCUCCCACUACUGGCCCCAGAGGAACGCUUCCAUCCAUUUUUAAAACUGGCAUACAGUGCAUGCCUAUGUGGAAAUUGUAAUGAGAUGCUCACGCACAGGGAGAGGGUCUGUGCAAGGAUCAUGUAGUUCUGAAGCAGAGCUAAGCUGCAGGAAAUAAAUAUGGCCGAGAUGUAUGUGAUGCCACGGUGGUGGCUGGUGCCCAUUAGAACUGAUAGACACGUCAACAGUGGCAGACAGGUGGAGUGGAGCCAGAGCCAAUGGCAGGCAGAGUCAGUUGAUCCAAGCUUUGUUCUCCUCCUCCCUUCAAGGGCAACAUUGAGACUCCAAGGAGAAGGAAGCUGCCAGGCAGUGCCCCGGGCUAGUUGUAAGAAGACAAGCAGGCAGAUUGGAGAGAGGGGGUGAAUGAAGGCAGGCUGAAUGCCCCAUUUGUUCCAAUGCACUAGGCUCCACUGUGAUGCAAAUAUCACAAUGGUGAAGGAUGAGGAGGUAAAGUCGGUUAUGAUUCAUUGGGCUAUAGAUUUUGGGUAUAAUAUACAGCUGAGUGAUUGGGAAAAAUUAUGGAAAGAGGGUUUAAAGUUUACUGCAUGCAAUGCCUUAAAAGAAAAUGUGAUGAAAAUGAUGUAUAGAUGGUCUAUUACACCUGUUAAAUUACCUAAAAUGUAUAAGGUUAGCAAUAAAUGUUGGAAAUGUAAAGAAAAAGAAGGAACAUUUUAUCACAUGUGGUGGGAAUGUAAAAAAGUGAUAAGCUUCUGGGAAAUGAUAUAUAAUGAGAUGGAAAAAAUGUUGAAAUAUACAUUCAUAACGAAACCAGAAGCAUUUUUACUGGGCAUUAUAGGAAGUGAUAUAAACAGAAAAGAAUGUAAGCUGUUUUUAUAUGCAACGAUGGCAGCAAGAAUAUUAUUGGCACAAAAAUGGAAGCAAGAAGAAUUACCGACAAAAGAAGAAUGGAGGAUGAAAUUAAUGGACUAUGCAGAACUAGAUAAACUAACAGGAAGGAUUUGAAAUCUGUGGGACCAGAAAUUCACAGAAGACUGGCGUAAAUUUACAGACUAUUUGAAAAGUAAUUGUGAUGAUCAGACUACGUUUGUAGGUUUGCAAGAAGUUUUGUGAGGUGUAUUAUUGGAACUAUUGCAAAAAUGGAUAAAGGGGAGGAUGGUUAGUUAAGAUAAUUCAAGGCAAUAUGAAUUUAAGAAAUGCAUAAGAAGUGGUCAAAACAGUGCAUCAGCAGAGGUGCUGAUGGAAGUCCCCCCAAAAAAGAUUGUAUAAGUGGCGAAGUUUUGUGGUAUGUACUAUAAUUUAUAUGUUAAAAUUAAUAGAAAAUAUUAUAAAAAAGAAAAUACCACAAUGGUUGCCCUCAGGGACUCUACAAAAUUCCUGUAAGAUAGAAGACCUCAUAUAAGAAACAUGCUUAAGUCUAAUUAACACAUCAGCGGCAGGCUUUGGUCUUUCAUAUUUCAAUGGUUCCCCAUGCAAGCCCAAAAUUUGGCACCCUCCAUCUCUCGCCAUCCAUUCUGCUCAAUUCACUAUGUCACAUUUUUGCACAUCUUCUAUUACCAUUUGUGCACAUGCUUUCCCCCUAAUGUGCAUGUUUGCUUUUGAGUGCGAAUUCCUUGGUUGGGGUACUGCAACAACAAAAAUCAGACAGGUGUGAUCUUCAAAAUAUAAGCUGUGUUCAUGUGUUGGUUUGGGAUGUGUGAGUUAGACCGACUCUGAUUAAAAUGCAAACUGUAUGAGUUUCUCCCUCAUCUCUGCCCACCAUCUGCUUCAUCUUUCACUGGCAUCUUCUCCAUGUGCAAAGCCUCAUAAUCAGACCUUAGCACUGAGGGGCAAAAUUAAUGUGUGUGUGUGUGUGUGUGUGUGUGUGGAAUAACAUGGAGGAACAUGGCAGUCUGACCCAUUCUUUCAUUCCUAACCAACCUCACCCUCCCAUUGGGUGCAGGUCUUCAUGUGGGACUUUGAAACCCUGCCCAUUAUGUUGGAUGAUGCUCUAGAUGUUCUCUUCAGAGCAAAGAGUCCCAACCCAGAGCCAAGGCUAGGCAAAGGCAAGAUCAUAGUCUCCUUUCCCCUUUCGGUGUUGUUGAAUAAUGAGAAAAUAUGCUGCAAUGCAGCAUUUCUUGUUUGUUACACAUAGUCAACCUCUUUGGCAUAUUUGGAAAUAUGCUUCAGACAUCCCUGGACAUUACGGUAAGGUUUUUGCCAUUUGCAGGAAAGAAAGUUUCCUCCUGCCUUUAUGGAGUGUGACAUCAAUAUUGCAUAAGGAUCUUUGUGAAUGAAGCAGCAACUGGAGAGACGGAUGACCCAUUCAUGAAAGAAAUGGAGAAAUCAGAACCUUCCCAAGGUAUUGUAUCAAAUGAAAUGAAUAUUGCACGAGGCAGUUAAGCACUCCUCCCCCCUGAAAGACCCACGGUCUUUUUUCUUUUUUUUUUUACUCAGCCCACAACACAUUUAACCCAAGACCUCUCCCUGACCGCUGAAACCUUUUUAUAGCAAGGGGGGGGAGGAAAAUGCCAUCUGUCUCUUUGUGAAUGCACAUUGGUAUGUCUGAGAGUGUGGGGGGAGAGACUUGCUGGUGCAAUAUCUCUGCCUGACUAUGUGAGAUGAUGGCAAUUUUAACCAAGAGAUGAAGUUUUGGAUUUAGAACAGAUUAGAACAGGAGUGGCCAACUCUCAAGAGACUGCAAUCUACUUUCAGAAUUAAAAACUGGCAGUGAUCUACCCCCGUUUUUGGGGGGUUCAGCUCAAAGUUGUUGAGCUUGUUUUACGGAGGAGAAGAGUCCCAUGGGGGGGCAGCUCAAAGUGGUACAGCUUUUUUGGGGGAGGAGAAAGUUUCAUUUUGGGGGGGUUAAAGGCAGGGGACAAAGGGGUAAAGUCACUCACAAAAAGAUCGCUAUAGAUCAAAACAGCAGCACAAAGAAAGCUCUGUCUUCCCUUCCAUAAAUCAUACAACAAUGGAGGGCAGGGUGAUGGGCUGGGGCAGGAGUCAGUUUUAGUGACACUAAGGAAAGGGAGCCAGAGAUCAACCACGAUCUACCAAAACCUCACGGGGAUCUACCAGUAGAUCGCAAUCGACCUGUUGGACAUCCCUGGAUUAAAACAUACAUUUGGUGCAGUGGUGGGGAUUGUCCCAUUGCCAAGACUGGCCCAUCUAUGCACAACAUUGCAUGCUCUAAGUGGCAGUCUCUCACCCAAGCCCAAGGCAGGGAUCUUUCCAAAUGUUUAUUACAUUUGAUUAUUUUAAACUGGGAGAGGGGGAGCUGGUGAUCCAUCUGUUGCUGCUGGAUUCCAUAAUCAUAGUGGUUGGCACACAUGGGCACUGUAGUCCAAAGUUUCUGAAGGGUACCAGGCUGGGAAAGACUGAUGGGGAAGGCUGAUCUUCUGUUUUCAAAGCAGGUAUUGAUGGAGGGAGAGAGAGAGGAAGGGAUGCAGAAUUCCAAAGAAAAACCAAACAACUUAUGAAUAACAUACUGUCCAUUCAAAUUAAGGCUGCAUCCCGUUGACAGAAAUUUUGAUCGAUUAAUCAUGUGAGUUUUAGUCGAUUAAUGAAAUAUGCAUAAAUGUACAUAUUGGGUAAACAAUAUUUCUGAAGUAAGAACCAUACAUUAUUUGCGCCUUAGAGGAGGAACUCAUCUGUAUGAGAAAAUGGAGGGCACCUAUUUUACAAUGGUGCUUGCCACCUUCAGUUUUUAGAAGCAUAUAUAUAUAUAUAUAUAUAUAUAUAUAUAUAUAUAUAUAUAUACGCUGCUAUCUGAAUAACCAGAGCAACAUCUUAGUCAAUUAAAAAUUGUUUUAAUGGACUAAUCUAAAUGAUCGUUCAGUUGAAUAUUGCAACUCUGAUUAGAAUAUGUAUACCUGACAUGUUUUGAGAGAUUUGCUUUUCACAAGGAAAAAUAAUGUUGCACCUAUAAAUGGCAAUAAUAAAUUAUUCCCAAUGAGCCAUAAAGCAAAAUGACAUUGUAAGAUUUUACUGUGUAUUCAUAGGAUAGUCGUAGGCCAUCAAUUAUGUCAAAAUGUACAGGCCACUUUUUCUGCCCAAAGACAUGCUCAGAGUGGCUAACAAAAUAGGUAAGGUAAUAGGAACAUGGCCUAAACAUUUGGAAAGGGACACCAUGUUUAGGUGCUUAUUUUGUUCUCACUGGAGGAAAAAUGGGAAGUGCAAACAAUAAAGAAAGGAUUUUGUGGUGAAUAAAAUGUAAGUUUGUUGUUAUAAAACUUUGACUUAUACCAAAAAAUACAUUCAUCUAGAUUUUGGAUCCUUGGCUUCAAUAUCUUUGUAUCAGAUUUUUUCUUUAAAAAUGCUAUAGUCCUUUAUACAGAGUGGCUGCUGCUUCUCUUUGCAAGUCAGUGGAACUCCCUGACCCAGAUUUCCCUCCCUCCACUACCAAUAUGAACUCAAAAGAAAAAUUAACCAUAAAUGAAUUUUGCUGCGGAUGUAGUUUUUUUUUAAUCUUCCUGCGUUCUCUUUUCUUUAUAGCAUACAUAUACAUUUAUAUGGUUCUGGUCUGCCUAGUGAAUGCUAAUUUUAGUCCACAGAUUGCAAGCUUUUGCUUCCUUCAAGGUCUGCAUUGCACAGACUUAACUCCAGCUGGAUCCUGUUGUCUUUGACGUUUAGUGGAGAGCCUAGGGUCAACAUAAAAAAACAACCAAGCUUUGGAACUGUAAGGAAAGUCCAGGUUCUCAGGCCACACAUUAGCACUUUGCUCUGGCAGUCUACUCUACCUUCCGUAAGUUGUUGAUACACUUCCAAGGUUCACAGAUGUAGCACUAGAGUGACUUGGCAGUAUGAGUUUUGUACAGCAGUGGGGAGUCAGAUGUUGUUGGGUUCCAACUCCAACCAGCCCCCACCAGCAUGGGAGUUGUAGUCCAAAUUUUUUUUGGAGAGCCACACAUUCCCCACCACUGGUCUAGUAGAAACCUCCUACAAAGUAUAGUACAGAUGUACAAUAACAUACAGUGUGAUAGUCUACUAACUUUUACCCAUAGUAAACCACUGACAUCAAUGAGCAUGACUACAUUAGAAUGCCUACACUGCAGUGCCUUCUUCUAUGGUCUUCCACCAGUAGCACAUGUUGGGAACAUUGCUGGAGAGGAGAGGGCAGCGCAAGACUAAAGCUGCAGGCAGUGAGAGGCUUGGACGAUAGGUACAGCAUCUGCCACCUCCUGUUUUACCCUUGCAAAUGGCUUCUUUGUAACAGACAAGCAUUGCCUUAAUUUCAGAGCAUGUAGUUUGGCCCUAACCUCUGUCCAUUAUCAUCAGCUGGGUCAGACCUCAACCAUCUCCUUCAGGAGCCUUUGGAACCAAGAGAGGUUUUGUCAGUCUCCUAAAAGCCAAGGGAGAAUGGCUCUGAUAUUUAUUUGUUUAUUCCAGUGAUUUUUUUCCCCUGGGGGGACACAGGGGUGCGCAUACCUCUAAACAUUUUGUGAAUCUAAGUAUGGCCUCAUUGAGGGGCAGUAUUUCAAUAUGAGUAGGAAAAUGAGAGUACCCCUAAACAUUAUUAUUUUUUUAGGGACAAAGCACUGGUUUGUUCCAUAUAUACCCCACAUUUAUCCUCCCCAUCUCACCCUCACAACAACCCUGUGAGCUAGGCUAGGCUAAGAGAUGGUGACUAGCCCAAGGUCACCCAGUGAGCUUCAUGGAUGAGUGGGGAUUCGAACCCUAGUCUCCCAGGUCCCAGUCCAACACUCUAACCAUUAUGCCAUGCUGGCUUUCAUUGAUAUGUAGGAUCUGCAACAAUAUGCUGCUGUCUGGAGUGUUUAUCCUCAGGAUUCCAUUCCAUUCCCUCUCCGUGAUUUUCCAUUUUCACUCUUGAGUCAGCAUUCUAUGCCCACUGAGCAUGCUUCGUCCUCACUGAGCUCUUUUAGUGGUUCUGCCCCCCAGCAAGGGUUCCCCCAUUUUUGCCAUUCUUCUGUAAACUUUGCUGUUUCCCCAAGUACACUGAUGUCUGUUUCUUGGGUAUGAGUGGUGCUGUUCUGGCUUCAUAAGCAACACCAUUCAUAACCUGAUCAUUGGAACUAGAGGGAGAAACAGACCUCCCUAGGAAAGGAAUUCUAUAAACAUAUCUGAGUACCAAUGUUAUGCCCAUUUUGUCACACGCACCCCUUGUUGUUCCUUUCCUUCCUCUGCCUCCAUGGCUUUAUUUUUUGCCCUUUUCCAAUAUAUGUUGUUACCUGUUGUUCGUUUCGAGGAGGAAACCCUUUCAACAGACACAGAUUUCAAAUAAUGUUUGCUUGCUUUUCUGGAACAGUGUGGGAGAUUAAAGCCCAAUCCCUGCCUUUAUUCUGAACAUCCUGGUUGUUAUCAGUUUAGGACAGAUGUAAUGCCAUUUUGAGGUUGCUUGUGUCUGUCUGUGUUAUACCUUGAAUUAAGCUUUCAUUCCAUUGUCUUUUGAGACGUUAGUAAAAAAAGAAGUCUAAUUUUCAGGAAUAAGGCUUUUUUAAAAUAAAUAAAUAAAUAAAUGGUCUGAUGAAUAUACUCUUUGCCCGAUAAUUUGCUCCUUUAAACAAUUUGUAGAAAGUCAAAUUUAUUUCCUUUUUAAUCAUCUGCCAUUUGUUUACAUCCUCUCUAUACUGGAAAUGGUCCAUCUUUGCAGCCAUGUGGCUUCUGAACUGAAAACAUCACAUUGAAAUAUUGCUUUCUAAUGGAAACAAGGAAAUCUUUUCAUUCCUUUCCAACAUAAAUUCAGUACUGAAAGCUGGUCUAGUAGCUAGACAUGUCGUAUUUGCAUGAGAGCUCUGUAAUUCAUUUAAUCCUUCCUUUCUUUCAAGAUGUCUGCUGCAUCCACAGUAACAUCAUCCAGUUCAACAUUGGAGGGCAUUGCACAGAACAGCACUCUCUGAUCCCUCAGCCCCAGCAAGCCUCUGCCAUAUCUGAGGCUCAUAGAUUCUAAAGGCCUGCUGUCAUGUUUCUUCUGGUAAGGGCUCCAUUCGUGGCCUGGAGAAAAAUGUCUUCAAAAGCCACAAGCCAGGAAGACUUGCAAGCUCUGACCACACUAUACACCAGGGGUGAAACAUUUUUUUAGCCAAAGUAGGUACAGCAACAGUUAUGACACUAACCUCUGUGCAUUUAGUUAGGGGUUUCCAUGCAUAAUCUCAUUCUCCAGCCUCUCCCAUGGUUGCCAUGGUGCAGCAACGAUGCGGUUUGGGCCUCUUGAAUUUCUGCCUCUGAGAAUAUUCGCCUUUUUUCAUGGCCAGUUCACAGCGAUAACUCCUCCAGCCUUCUGCUGUUCUGGUGCUCUUUUUUACCCCAUUUGUUAGGGCUUAUUUUUCUUCAUUACAUUAUCCCUGCUGAUCAGGGACCAUGUGGUGAUUUUGAUGAUGCCACAAGGCUGCAAAACAAACCAUCAUUGGCUACCUUAUGGCACCUUGAAGAGCAAACAAGGCUCGUUGAUAGUGAACAAUUGUUUCCGGAUCAUUAACACCGUCACUUUCAACAGGUCAACAUGCAGGUCACUUUUAGAACCAAAAUGAAAAAAUCAACCAAGCAAGGGGAGCUAUUGACCAAAAUGCAUCACUCUUUUGGCUCGGCCUUGUCGGAACAGAGCUAUUCAAAUAAGGAUAUCUGCAUGACUGCUGACUCAGAAAACCAAACAUACAACAUACAAGUUUACCUGUAAGACAGGUUAAAAAGCGCAGAAAAACAAAAUGCUUCUCUUACCUAUGUAGAAACCAAAGCGGGCAUGGCAACACAUCAAAAGUUCACUCGGUGCUUAAGGGUGUGAAACGAAAGGGUAAUAGAUAGAUGUGUGGAGCAUCAAGGGGGUUCUUCUCACAGCUUAACCCUUGGGGCAAUCCUCCGAUGAACUGGCAGUCAUUUUUCAUAACAUGCAUAUGGAUGAAUGAUUAAGAUGAUAAUCCUGACAUGAAUGUUCAUGUUGCAAAGCCUAGUUGCUGAAAACCAUUACAGAAAAGGUUUGCCUUGCUUCUUUAGCUAGGGUGUAUUUAAAUGAGCAUUUUGUAGGUGUGUAUAUGAAGGAUGGGGAACCAAAUUUUUUCAGAGGAAAACAUUCUUCUGAAUUAUAUACCUAUUGUAUGGAAGCUGACAACUGGACAACAAAAGUGGAUUAUACAUGUCCUAAUGGUGGCCAAAAGACUGGUAUUGAUGAUUUGGAAGAAUAAAGAUAUGAUCCCCUUUAAUCAAUGGAUUGAUGACAUGACAGCACUCGCAAAAUAUGAACAGACUGCUUAUAGGUGCAGGCAUUGUUUGGACAAACAUAUUGACAUUUGGAAAGAGUUUAUACAGAAUAUAGUAAGUUAUAAAAAUAUGUCUUAUGGCAAUAAUAUUGUUUAUUUGUUGUUGUUGUUGUUUAGUCGUGUCCAACUCUUCGUGACCCCAUGGACCAGAGCAUGCCAGGCACUCCUGUCUUCCACUGCCUCCUGCAGUUUGGUCAAACUCAUGCUGGUAGCUUCGAGAACACUGUCCAACCAUCUUGUCCUCUGUCAUCCCCUUCUCCUUGUGCCCUCAAUCUUUCCCAACUCAGGGCUGAUUUCCUUCAGAAUGGAUAGGUUUGACCUUCUUGCAGUCCAUGGGACUCUCAAGAGUCUCCUCCAACACCAUAAUUCAAAAGCAUCAAUUCUUCGGCGAUCAGCCUUCUUUAUGGUCCAGCUCUCACUUCCAUACAUCACUACUGGGAAAACCAUAGCUUUAACUAUACAGACCUUUGUUGGCAAAGGACGAGAUGGUUGGGCAGUGUUCUCGAAGCUACCAACAUGAGUUUGACCAAACUGCGGGAGGCAGUGAAAGACAGUAGUGCCUGGCGUGCUCUGGUCCCAGAGGCAGUCCAUGAUGUGGAGUGAGAGUAGAGAAAGACACAGGGGACUAGAUAUUACAGAAGGGCAGCAGGCAAGUUAAUACAGAGCUGUUGCCUAAAAUGGCAGCCCCAUGUGACGUGCAACAUGCAAUCGCACCCAGAUAAACAGGUGCUUGAAAAUGUGUGCAUCAUGCCAUUGCACUCAACAGGGACUCAGGAUUGCCUCUGGCACUUACAAGGUGUGACCAGAAAAUUCAGUGAAUGGUCACAUAAAUUGGACAGCAAAAAUAUUUGAACAUACAAUCAGCAUAGGAAACCCACAAAAUGCUUACAAUUGCGUAUGGAGAUGAACUCGAAAGACAGUGUAUGAGUGAUUUAAGUGUUUCCGUGAAGGACGGCAAACCAUCAAAGAUGACCCUUGGUCUAGUAGACCAUCGAUGAGCAGAACAGCGGCCAAUAUAGAAUUCAUGAGUUAUUGAUGCAGGAUCGUCGGAAGAAUUGCAUAUUCCACGUGAAAUCCCUACUGAGGUUACUGAGUUGUCCCACCUCCAUAUUCUCUCGAUCUGGCCCCACUGGAUUUUUUUCUUUUUCCAAAACUGAAAUCUGCACUGAAAGGGCACAGAUUUUCCAACAUGUCACAUGUCCAAGUUGCUGUGAUGAGGGAACUGAAAGCAGUAUGAAAAAAGGACUUCUCCAGAAGUUUCCAACAGUUCUACGAACGUUGUCAAUGGUGCAUUGUAUCAGAGGGGGCCUGUAAGGUAUCUAUGUUUGAAUAUUUCUCACUGUCCGAUUUCUGUGACCAUUCACCGUACUUUCCACUCACACCUUGUAAAAGCUGACCUGUCAUCUUGGACAUGUUCCUCACUUUUAAAGAAAGUACAAUAGCUACCAGGGACGUGGGUGGCGCUGUGGGUUAAACCACAGAGCCUAGGACUUGCCAAUCAGAAGGUCAGCGGUUUGAAUCCCCGCAAUGGGGUGAGCUCCCGUUGCUCAGUUCCUGCUCCUGCCAACCUAGCAGCCUGAACGCACGUCAAAGUGCAAGUAGAUAAAUAGGUACCACUCCGGCAGGAAGGUAAACGGCAUUUCCGUGUGCUACUUUGGUUCGCCAGAAGCGGCUUAGUCAUGCUGGCCACAUGAUCCAGAAGCUGUACACUGGCUCCCUUGGCCAAUAAAGCAAGAUGAGCGCCACAGCCCCAGAGUCAGUCCGGCAGGAAGGUAAACGGCAUUUCCGUGUGCUACUUUGGUUCGCCAGAAGUGGCUUAGUCAUGCUGGCCACAUGACCCGGAAGCUGUACACGGGGUCCCUUUACCUUUACCUUACAAUAGCCACCAGAGAAAGACAACUCAAUGGCAGGAUGCAGACCUUCACCAGCAGCUUUGUAUGGUGGUAGAGACAGGAUUGACAGGGUUGGCAGUGUCCAGGUGCAUGGCUGCAGAGUGGGCAGCAGUUUCCUAAGUAGGCCAAUGACAUCAAACAGUCCACUGGUGGUCACUAGAUGCUGACUGACACACACACACACACACACACCCCUUUGGUGCCCACCAGUUGCACUCAGUGGCGUUGGUCAUUGACUAUCACUCUACUUGCUCUCCAGUCACUUCUGCUGGCUUGCUGAUCUCCCUGCUUUAGAUGUUCCAGAAGUUCCAAGCAUUCAGUUCUCAUCCUUCUGAGGUUGCAGCAGAAGACCAACGUUCCAGUUUGUCAAAGGCUCGGCAAGCCAAGAUCUUAGGCAAGCUGAAUAAUUCAAAAAGAAGCCACAGGAUACAAUCUAUUCCCCAACACAAGUCCACCAGCUUCAAUGGAUUUAAGAUUAGUUCUCCAAUGAAUAACUUUGAAUGCCAAAUGCGAUAAUGAAAAAGAAAAAUCUGCUCACAGCAAGUGCAUGAAAGAAGGGGAACUGUAUUUAACUUCAUUUGGGGGAAAAAUAGUGAGGAAAAGAUGCAAAGGCUAUAAUAAUGGUUGGAUUUGACGGGGGGGAAAUUAUGAAACUCAUUUAUGCACUUCAGUAUUACCGCAGUGUCAAUUUGUUUCCUUGUGUAAAACUCAGAGCGUAAAUUAUACAUUGUCACCCUCAUUGUUGGUGACACGAUUGUCCUGCAUUCCAGCUGUGCGCUUUAAUUGUAAGAUUUAUUUUGACAUGAAAACACUGAUCCAGAUAAGGGUAGCAGAAAAUGUCAAAGCAGAAAAUAACAUGAUCACACACACACAAAAAUGAGGUUUUCAGAAAUAUUGGUCACAGUGGGUAGACAGACGUAUAGGCAAUUCUGCAGUGGCAAUAUAGAAUAGUGAUAUCUCUGAGGCAGCUUAAAGCAAGCAUGAAAUGAUUCCUUUUUUUGUAAAGAAUAAUAGCCAUAAUUUCAUCUCUAAUGGAACUUACACACAAUAAAAAGUUGCUAAAAUAGAAGAAUGUCACUGGUUAGAGCAGUUGAAGGGUGUGUUAUGUAGAAUAAGCAUAUUUUUUAUAUUUUUUUGAGGAACUGACAAGACCUGUGGGUUGAAACUUCCAAGACUGUAUCAAGGCUAGAGCCAGUUCAGAACCACCCACUUUUGCUACCUGUGAAAAUGUUUGCUUUUUCUUAUACUUCACUUUCACUGUCAUCGCCAGUGUAGUAAUAAGAAAGUCAUAUCUUAUUGGCUUUAUAGCACUGUGACAUCACACCACUCACUGCAUGGUUCUUGGCAGCAUGAGGCCACCCAUGCGAUUCAAGAAACAUUGCCAUCACAUUCUGACAGUGAUAACAUUAUGCAAAUGGAUCUAUUUUUUUUUUAAUGAUAUUUAUUAAAAGUUUAAGAAUUACAAGAAAAGAGAAAAAGAAAACAACAAAAAAUUUGACAAAACAUACAUUACAGUACAUAAAAGGAAAAGCAUAAAAAACAAUACAACAAUACAGCAAAGAAAAAACAAUAACAUUAAAACACACAUCCAAUGUUCCAUAUCUUUAUCUUUCAUUUACUUGUUUCAUCGACCUCCUCACACCUCCCUUUUUGUAUUCUAAUUUAAUUAAUUGUUUCAGCAAAUUCUUUCCAUCUUUCUCAAUUUUUGUUAUAUAAUUUAUCUUAACGAUCUAACCUUUUAAUUAACUCAACAAAUCCUUUCCAUCUUUCACUAUAUUCUGUCAUUCAAUUUACCUUAAUUUAUUUAACCUUAUCUUACCAUAAAAAACCUUAAAACUUAAAACUUAAUACUUAUUUGUACAUAACUCCUUAUAUCAUUUCUACUAAAGCCAAAUAGUUUCAUUCGAACAUUUUUCCUAAUACUCGUUAAUUUUACACUAAUUCACAAAAUAAAUUUAUAAAAAAACUUUCUUCCAAUCUUCAUCCAGCGUCUCUUCUUCCUGGUCUCGGGUUUUGUCAGUCCUUCUUGUCCAUUCCAUCUAGUCCAUCAACCUGGUGAUCUUAUGUCCGAGGCUCUUAAAUCUUUUCCAUGUCCCUUCUGCAGAUCUUCUUCUUGUUUAUACCUGCACUUUACUUUGUCUUUUGUUGAUCUUUUUCUUAAUUUCUUUCCUUUCUCAUUGGGGGGUAGGUCUCGGGAGGACUCCAAUCCAAAAAUAUCUCCAUCUCCCCUCAGCAGAUCAGCCCAUUCCCCACAGUCCCACGUAAUCCAGGAAGUAUUUAAAAGCAUGUUUCAAAGUCCUUCCAAAAUUAAGAGCCCUCACAACUCCAGACCCCCCUGGUCCACUCCAGAUUCAAACUUCAAGAACAGUGGCUUAUGAUCCUGCAAGGCCUCGGAUCUCUUCAUUCGUGUUACUUGAGGUUCAACAGCAACCUCCUCCAUUAUCUUCUGCACUUGCACUUGCCCUGUCAAAACAAGUUCCUGGGCUGUUACUUUCAUUUUUCAAAUAUUUUGUUUCUUUUGAAUGCAAGAGGCAACAUUGGAGUCAAUUUGUUUCUCUUUUUUUACUAUCUGUCAAAAGACGUUCCAUUCACAGUCGAUGAACUUCCCCAUAAAUUUCUGUCUCUGGCACCCCGUUCCCAGGUUUGAGACGGUGGAAAUUUAUCUUUCUUUACUCUCUCUCCUGCAGGCUUAAACAGUCAAAAGUCCCCCACCCCUUUUCUCCUGCUUCCACGAGGGUGUUUGGUGGAAAUAACUGAAGGAAAUUUAGACCUUUAUAUACGACUUUCCAGACUUUAGCUUACAAAGUUUUUGCUUCAAUCUAUUUACAAAAACGGGAGGCGGACUUCCUGUUUACAGCCUUCCCGCUUCAGUGCCAAAUUAAAAUGUUUCUUAAUCCAAUUUUCCGUUCUACUCACGGGUACUUGUUUAGAGUCCAAUUGUCCACAGGAAAAAGUCAGCGCUCUCCGGCAACGGCUGUGCAGCUUCACGCUGUAAAAGUAGUGGUUGAUUCAAAACACCGCGCCACUCACCCCACGUCGCUUCGGAUCCCCGAAAAAGGGUUUCCCUGCGAGUAGGGGAGGCGCUCCUGGUGUCAGCCGAAUCCCACGUUCCCAGGCUUCCUCCACCUGGGAUUUUUAGAGGGUCUCCGCCUUCGCUGCGGCGGCAAGACCCGAUUUUCACGGAGCGGGUUCCUCUCGGUCAGAGGAACUCCGCCAUUGCCGAUGGCGCUAACCCGGAAGUCCUAUGCAAACGGAUCUAAUUGGCUACCAUAUUGUUGUGAUUUCAUCCUGGCUGCUGGGUGAUCACUGGUGGUGUUGCAUCACCAACAUGGCCAAUCCAGAGAGGAGGAAAAAGCCCCAUAUGGCCAAUCCAUGUAGGAGAGACAAAUUUCUCAUUUCCACCAGAAUUGUGAGUAUUUGGUUGUUGUUGUGUUUUUUUAAAAAAAAUGACUGGUGUAACCACAAGAUUAAUGUCCCCACAGGGUUAUGGGUUUAGUUUUAGGUUUUUCCUCAGACCUUGGGGAGACAAAAAAGUCAUAGGUUUGGCUCCUACUAACUAGACUUCUCUAGAGGGAGCAACCUUAGAGUCCUACCAGCAGAGCAAGAGAGGUGAUUUUUCACUAAUUCUCCCUUCCCUCUACAGCCGCUUUUGCACCCCCAAAUCUGUCCUGGAGGGUUGGGGAAAAGGACCAAAGUGAUACAACAUUAAAGGACUCUGUCUUUUAUAGCCUGAGCAAAUGUCAAGGCUUGCUGUCAGAUAGGAGCCAUCCCAGAGUAGCUUUAAUGUAUUUCUAAAUUUUUUUCCCUGGAAGCCGCCCAGAGUGACUGGGGAUGGGUGGGGUAGAAAUAAUAAAUUAUUAUUAUUAUUAUUAUUAUUAUUAUUAUGCUUGAAAACAUUAGAUUGCUGCUCAUCAUCUGCCUCAGGUCAGCAGGUAGAUGGUAGAAGGACCUAUUGAGGGAGCUCAAUAACUGGGCAGGUUCUUCUGUAUAUUAGGGGAAUUGUAUACAGAUGUGUACAUUAGGAGAAAUUCACUGAUAAAUUUUCAUGGGGAUGUAAAAAGUAAAAAAAUAUGUGGAAUUCUGGAGAACUGAACUUAAGACUUAAAAAAAUGAGCAACGGAGAGAAACUAAAAUGGACAAAUUCUCUCAUCCCUACAUGUGGGCACGGACAUGCGUUGACAGAGACCAGUAAUCCCUUGUAAAGUGAAGUUAGGCACUUCCUCCUUCAUGAUCAGUAGCAAGAUACAUAUGUAUUUUUUUUUCCAGGAAAGAAACUAACCAGUACCUUGGGAACUUCACAGUGUACAAAAUCGCACACUGCCCACUCGACGUUCCUUCUGGGGUGGGUGGGGGGAAAUCCCCUUUAGCCAGGUUUAAAUAGCUACUGUCACUCAGCAAAGUAAUUUGAAAAGAUAAAACACCCUGAGAUUUGCAAACAGACUUAUGUUUAUAGAUAUUGUGUUUGCAGUUGGAAUAUCGCUUGUAUUACCUUACUGGGAAUUGAGAGUGUUAAAAAAUAAUUAUUAUAGAUUGAUAUUUAACUUGGCAGGUUUUUGUAUUUCAUCAUCAAGAUCAUGCUGGGACCUAGAUACCUUGCCAGCUUGUGUGUGUGUGUUUUAAAAAUAUAUAUUUGUGGGCCUCAAGAUCCUGUUAUGCAGCUAUUAAUCUAUCAUUUCUAGAUCAGACCUUGGGAUACAGUGGUGGGACGUGUGUUUCACUAGCAGUUAAAGCUAUGCUUUCCCCAUAGUUUCCUUCCUUCCUUCCUUCCUUCCUUCCUUCCUUCCUUCCUUCCUUCCUUCCUUCCUUCUUCCCUCCCUCCCUCCCUCCUUCCUUUUUUCUUUUCAUUGAGAUUCCAUCAGUUACAUAAUAAAGAACAGCUAACACAGGAUACAAGUUGGCAUGUUGAGCAUAUUAAUACCGUUUGACUCCUUACAACCGUUUCCCUUUUACAACAUCACUAAGCUUUGACUUUACUUCCUAAGUAGAUUGGACCAAUAAAGAACCUUGAGCACCAGGAGACCACCUUUCACCAGCCUGCCCAAUGACAAAUGUUCUAAAGGCAUGUCAAUGUGGGUGCUAGCUGUGUGCCAGGCCCAGAUAAGGUCCUUUAUUAAGGUCCCAUCUCUAUCCAUUGCUAAAUGGUACAAGAGAAUAGGACCCGUCCACUGAUAGCCCACUCCAUACCAUUCUGUUUCCAAGUUAAAAUGACUUCAGCUUAGGGCUCAUCUACAUUUCUGCUUGUCCCAUGCCUAGAAAGCACAGGUGUGAGUGGUUUUAUCUUUACCCUGCUGCUGUCCCCUGGAAAACCAUCUCUUUUGUACUUUAUUGGAACAAACAACAAUCUACAGAACACCCCAUUGUCGGGGUACACAGUGACUUGCAACCAUUGAUCUGCUUGAUAAAUUAUUUCAGAAUAGAGAUACAUUAACUGAGAAAUGAUUGACUAGACAUUUAGAAAGCAUGUCAACUGACAAAUGUUAGGGCAGGCCAAAGGCAUUUGGCCACUCAAAAAUAAGAUGGAUGGUUAUUUGUCAGCAAUAUGAAAAUUGCUGAAUAGGAAGCAGUUCAUAAGAACGUGGUGGAAAUGAUAAUUGCUAUUUAUUUAUGAAAUACAAUUAUGGGGUGUGUGUGCUAAGAGGAUAUAAGCUACUUGCACUAGCAGGCAAUGGAAGGGUGCAUCCAGUUAAAGUUAGGGGAGCACAUUUGUAAGCGCUUCCUGUGGGGACAUUUCAAAGUUUAACAACCUGUAUUUCCCGUGAUUUGCAAAUGCUGCACAUAUUUUUGUUUUAAACUCUGCUGGGGGCUCUUUUGACUAGAAAGUGAGUCAAGCCCCGAGUUUAUUUAGAAUUUGGGCAGUCAGCCAUUUUUCUUUUGAAGUUUCCCCCACACAUGGGACUGCAGGACUAAAUUGGUCUUCAUUUAGUUAUUUCCCAACAGCAUGGGGCUGGGCAGAAAGAGUUAAACACGGCCCCACAAUGGGAUUGGAAGCUGUCUGCUUCCCAUUCACUGGACUGAUUAUCUGAAGAGCCAGAAGGUGGUGAUAACCACAUGCAUGUAUCUUGUAUAUCCGAGUGUGUGUCAGGAUAGCCACAGUUGCUAUAAGCAUACAGCUGCCAACUGAUUGCCAAGAACAAAUGCAGCUCCUGGCCCCCCGAAAGGUUAGCCAGCCUUGAGGUAAGAGCUACACUUACUCAGGCUUAUUUGUCACCAUGCUUCUUAUUUCAUCCACUUCUUCCUCCCUGUUCCCCUUGUCAGAUUGUUCGGAAAAGUCAAACGUAUACAGCAGAAAUGAUUGAUGGAGGCUCAUGGGGCACACAGUUUUGCACAGCUGGCUCUGAGGAGGGUUGGCAAGCCAGCUUGACAGCAACCAAUCAGAAAGGCUGAUUGUAAACAGGAGGGAGAGAACCCUUAUUUACCAUAAAAGAAGGCAGCAAAGACAGUGGAGACAAUGGAGCAGGGGGAGGCUAAACUAAUAGUACUUGCUCCCCUAUUCCAUUUACAGUGGUACCUCGAGUUACAAACGCUUCAGGUUACAAACACUUCAGGUUACAGAGUCUGCUAACCCAGAAAUACUACCUCGGGUUAAGAACAUUGCUUCAGGAUGAGAACAGAAAUUGUGCUCCGGCGGCAGUGGGAGUCCCCAUUAGCUAAAGUGGUACCUCACGUUAAGAACAGUUUCAGGUUAAGAACGGACCUCCAGAACGAAUUAAGUUCUUAAUCUGAGGUACCACCGUACUGCCACUCAGUCGCUGUCAUCCCCUUCCUAGCUUCAGAAAGUGGUGUGCCAUGGGAAAGGCCUCUGGUGAUGAGGCACAUAAAUAGAGCACAUGAACAUCAACAGAAAAAGGCUAAGACAUUAGCAUUUCUGGAGCAGACCCAGAACUCCUUGCCUUCUACAAGAUUCUAGAGCACUGCUGGGCAUGCAUGUUGAAUUGCAAAGGCCUGCUGGCAUAAUAAAGUCUUCAAGAGACACCUGGAAGCCAAAAGCAAGGAUGCCUGCAGAAUCUCUGACUGCAGAGUGUUCUGCAGCAUGGGACCAGCAGCACUAUUCGCCCAACUUCUGACUGAGGCCUGUUGGGCUUCUAUAACUUGGGGAUUGAUCAGCCUCUGGAUGAUCUCAGUGAUUGGGUCGGGCGGUCCUUAAAGUAUCUUGGAUCCAAGUUAUUCAGGGCUUUGUAUGCCUACACAAGAACUUUGAACUUGGUGCAGUUACCUUUAGAGUGUUUUGCAGCAAUUGUCUUGGUAAUAUUUGCAGCAAGCCUGUACAUCAACAUUUUUAUUCUCUUUCUAAAAAUGGAAGGAAGCAAUGAGGCUGAGAGAAGAAUAAUGGCUCACUUCCCCCACCCUCAACUAGCUUGUGGGAACAUAGGAAGUUGCCUUAUACCGAGUGAGACCAUUGGAAGCUUCACUUGACUAGCAGCCACUCUCCAAUAUUUCAGAUUGGGUGCAUACUCCCAGCUAAACCUUGACCUGCAAGGGAAUGAACCUGGGACCUUCUGCAUUCAAAGCAGGUGCUCUGCCAAUGCCCUGUUGUCCACUGAGCUCCCUUUGUGGCUGAGGAGAGAUUUGAACAAGCCACUCUUCCCACAGCAGAGAGCACACCCUCUUUGUCAUUCUGCUGCUGUAUCAGCUCUUGCUUUGCAAAUGAGAUCCCUUCACCCUGAAAGUUCUCAAACCAAUUCUUGGUUGAUCUUGUAGCAUCCUUGCCUUCUUUUGUAAAGUUGGCACAUUUCUGGAGAAGUAAUUAAAGUGCCUGGUUUUUGUGUGCAUUUUGAUUUACUUAUCCAGCAUGAGUUUUUUCCUGAAAUGAGCAAAGCCUUAAUGACAUUGACAAUUGGAAUAUGCAAGAGAUAAGGCAUUUCAGCGAGACAUGUGGAUGGAAAGCUGUGGCACCCUGGCUUAUCUAGGGAAAUGCUGAGAAGCAAAUCCCUGGGAGGUUGGUGAUUUCAAUUAGCCCAACCAAAACAGCUCCAAUUUAUCUUUUCCAAGAGUGGAUCUUCCAGAGACUUUGAAUUACCAGGUACAAAGCGGGAACAUUUCACGAGUGCUUGAGCACAGGGCCGUCAAUUUGGGAAACAAUCUUAUCUUUCCUACUUUGCAUACAACAAACCCUACUUCAUUAAAGAAAUCUUUAUUUGGAAAGAAUGAGGUUUAAAAGGUGCUUUCCUAGCAGAAAUAGUGGGUGGCGAGUAGAAUCAGAAACCACCAAAGGUAAUGUAAGGUUUCAGCCAGUUUGAGCUGAUGGAUUAACACCAUUCAUAGGAUCAAGGUUUCAGAAUGCUUUGCUCUGCUUCCCUUAGUUCUAUAUGUAUAGCACGACUAAUAGGUGGGAUCAUCUUAAUAGAUGGUCCUGGUUGCGGGCAGGCUCCUAACCCGGUCCCCCCCACCCUGGCGUGGGUGGAGCCAUCACCUUCAUGCAGGGUGGCACCAUGAUCACCCAGGGCUAUUGCCCAAUCAAUUUGAAUGGGUGAUCGUGGGGGAAUGUAUAAAAGCAGCAGCACGACGUGUGCCAAGCACCUGCUUCAUGCUGCCAAACACCCGCCCACCCUCCCUUUAAUUUAAGUGUCCUUUGGCCUUGCUUUGGACUUUGGUUGGUUGCCCUUCUUGGGUUGGGGACCGGGUAGGAAUUUUUCCAUUUGGCGAAUUGGUACAGGCCACUUGGUUUUUGCCUACCUCUUAGCAAUCGUCACAACUUUGUAAGGUUUGGCGAUUAGGCAUUGGCUUAUUGUUGAGUGGAGGAGGGGAGGUCGGCCAUCACCUGCCCCUCCAUUUCAAGGGUAUUUCAUUAAAGGAAUCUGGGGCCUGGAUCUUGUCUGAAGUCUGCUUGAGGGGCUAGGGCCAUGCCAGGCCUCUGGGAACACCAGGGGAGAUGCAGGCGGGUUCCCCUGAAGCAAUUUCCCUUUGGGUGGUUUACCCUUACAGACUUCCUGCAAAGGGGGCAGGAGUCAGAGAUAGUCUUUUGCCAAUGCCUAAGCCAAUACCUCUCUCAUUUCCUGUAAUCAAUAAAGUUGUGGCCAAAAAAUUUGCCCAAUAACUUUAAACAAAAAUUCUGUGUCUGUGUGAAUUUCUUUAUGCUAAUGGGGGUUGGCUUGAGGGUCUUGCCACGCAACCAUUGCUUAGGGUCCUUCUCCCUAGUCUCAUAAAAAAAGAGACAACACUAAGCUAGUUGCCAUUCUCACCAAAUCUUGAGCACCUCCAGACUGUCCACUAUUUUUGGGUGGGUUUCAACCACACACCCAUAAAUUCAGGGUGCAAUCCACUAAAGAAUGGGAGGUUUUUGUGUAAGAAACGGUCUUCCCCCAAAGUUCAGAUUUACUGUGUUAAAGAAAGGGGGGAUGCACUGGAAAGUAUGGCAUAACACUUGCAUUGAGGCCACAUCAUCUAACCUCCCUACAAACAAAUCAGAAUGAAUGCUCACUAAGCUGUCAGCAUCAUCUAAUCUCCCCGCAAACAAGUCAGGAAUAAUGCACAAUAAGAAGCACAUCUGGAAGAGCCCCCUGUGAUUUCCCUAUGUUAACUGUACAUGGUUUAUGUUGUGGCAGAAACAUGGAAUAAUUUGGCUCAUAAGAGCAGUAUCCUGAAAGAAAACAUCCUUAGUGUGUGUGUGUGUGUGUGUGUGUGUGUGCGCACGCACGCGCUAGCUCUUACUAGUCAUAUUUAAUGUGCUUUUUAUUUAACGAAAGGUAUCAGUGUAUAAUCCGAGCUAUAAAAUAUGCUUGUUGACCUAGUGAGCUGUUUCUAUUUAGGAAUAUUUAGCACAAACCACUGGGAGAGCAAUCCACCAUUUUCCCUUAUCAGUCCCUUCAAGCCACUGGCCUAAAUAGCGAUUACAUCAAAAGAAUAAUUUGGAGAAACCUCUGAAGGCAAGAAUUGCUUUGAACCUUAUUAUACUGUACCAGUAAGAUUAAUUUGCUCCCAUUGAUCUCCUCAAAACUGUUGUAAUGAUGCUAGGCUGACAAGUUAAAUACUUUGGGAAAGUGGGGGGGGGGGGAAUGCUCAUUAUCUUCCUUGAAGGAUGAUGAUAAAGUAGAAGUGUGAGGAAGCUCGCCCUAGAAGUAAUUGAAUGGAGCGUGGCCAUCGGUACGUCCAGAAGUCCUUCCUAUGAGCAUUGGUGAUUGAGCCAUUUAAUUAUUCACACUGAGUUAGGAGGAAGAAAAAUCUACUCACAAUUAAUAGGCUGAGGGAAGCCAUGGAAUCUUCCCCUUUGAUUUAGGAUACAUUGUACUGGCCAGGUCGUACAUGAGGUAGAACUUGCACAAUUGCCUCUAGCAACACAGGAAGCUAGUGGAUUUGUGGACUAGCCAAUUCAAAUUCCAAGGGGUUGGAGUUGGACAAUAUGUUCUUGGUGGCCUCCCCUCCCUGAACAGGUCUACCUCUUCCCUAUCUUUUCUGGUGCUUAUUCAUAUACUUCUUCAAUUGGGCCCAAACUGCACAACCUCUCAGAAGAGGACACAGCCUUAUAUUAGCUCAAUUUAUCCCAGAAUCAUCUGGAAAUGCUGGGGAGAGUCAGCCAAAUCAUGAACUUUGGGGUCUUAAAAAGCCCACCUCAAAGGAGAGGCAAUGUUCUAAGGCCCUCUUUUCCCCCAGCUCGGAUAAAAACCUAUACCUGGUGAGCAUUCCCUCCUCAAUAAAUCCCAGCUGCCCUCCUUCAUCUCCAUGCCCCCCCCCUAAACAACAAGUGCUGCACCCAUUGAUCAAAAACCAUUUCAAUUUCAGUAGUAGAAUAAUAAAUAGCAGUUCCCUUAAAACUCAGACAUCCUGAUCUAAGUGUCUUUCUCCCCAUCGUGCCUGCAUCAUUUUGUGGUUCCGUCUCUUUCUCUGCCCUUUUAGAUGUGGCAUCUUAUAGAGAAGAAGAAAUUCUUCAUGUAUGCCACAACUGUGGCUAGGAUACUACAGUGGUACCUCAGGGUAAGUACUUAAUUUGUUCUGGAGGUCCGUUCUUAACCCGAAACUGUUCUUAACCUGAAGCACCACUUUAGCUAAUGGGGCCUCCUGUUGCCGCCGCGCCGCCGGAGCAUGAUUUCUGUUCUCAUCCUGAAGCAAAGUUCUUAACCUGAAGCACUAUUUCUGGGUUAGCGGAGUCUGUAACCUGAAGCAUAUGUAACCUGAAGCGUAUGUAACCCGAGGUACCACUGUACUAGCCAAAAGAUGGAAAAGUUAUGAGGUACCAACCAAGGAGAACAGCAACAAAAAAUGAUGGAGUACGCUGAAAUGGUGAAACUAACCGGGUGAUUAAGAGAUAAAGACAAUAGAGACUUUAAAAAAUUAGACUGGGAACCAUUUAUGUGUUAUUUACAAAACUAUUAUAAAGAAAUGGACUCAUUAGCAGGGUUUGAUUAAACACUUACAAUGAAAAAUAAAAUAGAAAUUAUGAACAAGAGGUUAGAAGGAUAAGAAUAUUAAAAAUUCCAAUAAGAGAAUGCAAUAUUAAGAAUAGCAAAAUAAGCAGAAGAAAUAAAUGUACCAAAAAACAAACAAACCAGAAGAUGAAGUUGGGAGAAGUCAUGGGUGGGAGGGGGAUUUCGAUAUUGUUUUUUGUAUUAUACAUGCUUGUGAUAAUGAUGAAAAUAUAAAAUCCAAUACAAAUAUUUUUUUAAAAUAAAUUGAUUUGGCAUCUUAUGAAGAUUAUGCUGCAACCCCGCAGCAGCCAUUUUCUGUUAUGCCAAAUGCCCAUGGCAGCUGUUUUGUAAUAUACCAUGUCCCCAUGGUGGCCUCUACUUGUGGAGGCCCUCUGUUCAACUCAGUAUUACUUGCAUGCAGUAGUUGAGGGUAUGUGGAUUAGUUUAGUCUGCAUCAAAAUACAAACUGAACCAGAGCAGUCUCUAAUAGCCCUCUUCUCUUCACCCCUGUCUUUAUUCGUCACUCUUUUUCCCCGUUCCACACCCCUCCACUCCUUUCUGCUUCUUCUCUAGAUUCAUCAACAGGAUGCCCAACAGUUAUGUAAGUGGGGGUGGAGGAGAAGCCUCUGAAAACUCUGAAGAAGAUGAAAUCUUCCAUUAAAGCUUAACUCUAAAUGCAAAAUUCUUCCCCUCUUUUUUUUUCCUGAAAGAAGAAGCCACAAGGCUAAGGAGAGAUCUGCUUGA